AUGUCCUUUAAACGGAACGGUUCCGAGUGCUGCAUCUACAGGGUGCCCAAACCGCUUCGACACGUAAAUUGGAAAGCCUACGCUCCACUACUGAUUUCAAUAGGUCCUCUUAACCGCGAAAAUACAAGACUAGAGGCCAUGGAAAAGGAGAAACUGAAAUGUUUCAAAAAGCUUACUGGACGGGACGGGAUGGAUAAGAAGAAGAUUAUUGAUAUUUUGAUCAGCAUUGAGAACCAAGCAGCGCGUCUCCGACACUGUUAUUCAGAGAAAUUCAAAUUAAUCGAGAGCCGCGAUUUCGUAAAGAUGAUCCUGCUGGAUGCUGUCUUCAUCAUUCAGUUUUUGUUGGAGUCAUAUGAUCAUGAUAACGGUCCUAAGAAUUUUGAGCCCAGGAUGACAUUAGACAUACGAGAAGACUUGAUGCUACUUGAAAACCAACUCCCAUUCUUCAUUAUUCAGGAAAUAUAUGACCAGGUCAAUCCCCCUAGCCAGGAUGGUACAGCCAUUCCUCUUCUUGAUCUUGCAAAGUUUCAUUUUGGAAAGCACAAGUUUGCACAAUGGGGAGAAACCAGCCUGAGUGUAAAGGGAAGCAGGCAUUUCACUGAUUUACUGAGGAAUUUGAUGUUGAAUGGAGCCAUUCAGCGAAGUUAUUAG